AACGCGAGCCUGAAAAGUUGCGCUUGUCUGUUCUGCUUUCCUCCAAAUGUAUGAACGCCGAAGACUCACUAUUGUGCUUCACAGUUUGCUAAACAUGCGUUCAACAGCGUCGCUUAUGGAGGAAGAGUAAUGCACAGUCGAUGCAUUUGGAUUUACCGUCAAUUCACAGCAAGGUUCCCUUGUCAUUGGAGCAAAUAAAUAAUAUACAGAAAAAUGCCGUCACCACAAGUUCUCCAGCCGGUUCUUAAAAUGAAGGUGGAUGAGCUGUUUCUCAACUGGUUGAGUGAUCCUGCGACUCAGUCACUACUCAAAGAUUAUCUUGACCUAAUCAAAAGUGGACAGCAUAUUGAUUUGAGCUCCAGGGAUGCCCAGGAUAAAAGGUCACUGAGCUUCAAUGAAAACAACAAUGUGGCAUCUCAGAAGAACCUGGCAGAGAAGAAGCCUGCUCCUCUCAGUAUUGCCUCCAGCCCCCCAUCUGCCAGCACCCUGCCCUCUCGCAGCAGCAAUAACACCAGAGUGACAGGACCCAAUGGCAGAGUACUACGGAGGUCUGUCAGCACAAAGAAGGCCCAGGUGAGGACGGAGGAGCCAGUCACCACAGCACUGAGUGAAAGCAUUCCCAAGUUUUACUUCCCACAGGGCCGGCCCAGAGCCAACCUCAACAUCGACAGCCUCAUUUCCAAAAUUGAGAAAAUAUUUUCCCAAUUCCCAAAUGAAAGGGCCACCAUUGAGGACAUGGGGCAGGUUGCCAAGGCUUGCGAGUGUCCCCUCUACUGGAAAGUGCCAUUGUUCUGCUUAGCUGGAGGCGACAGGACGGGCUUCGUGUCCGUUCACAAGUUUGUGGCUAUGUGGAGAAAAACUCUGCAGACCUGUCACGAUGACGCUUCUAAAUUUGUACACCUCUUGGCCAAGCCUGGCUGUAAUUACCUGGAACAAGACGACUUUAUUCCAUUCCUGCAGGAUGUGGUGAACUCACACGCAGGCCUGGCCUUUCUUAAAGAGGCACCGGACUUUCACUCACGAUACAUCACAACGGUGAUUCAAAGGAUAUUUUACAAUGUGAACCGGUCAUGGACUGGAAAAAUAACAUGUUCUGAGCUCAGGAAAAGUAACUUUCUUCAGAAUGUGGCAUUGCUGGAGCAGGAAGAGGAUGUGAACCAGCUUACAGAGUUCUUCUCCUAUGAACAUUUCUAUGUGAUCUACUGCAAGUUCUGGGAGCUGGACACUGACCAUGACCUCUACAUAGACCAGACAGACCUGGCAAGGCACAAUGACCAAGCCAUCUCACAUAAGAUGAUUGAGAGAAUAUUCUCAGGAACAGUAACAAAGGACAGACGUGUGUAUAAGGAGGGGCGGCUGAGUUAUGCUGAUUUUGUCUGGUUCCUCAUCUCUGAGGAAGACAAGAAGACCGACACCAGUAUAGAGUACUGGUUCCGCUGCAUGGACCUGGAUGGUGAUGGGGUGCUCAGCAUGUACGAGCUGGAGUACUUCUACGAUGAGCAGUGCCAGAAGCUGGAGACCAUGGCUAUCGAACCCCUUCCCUUCGAGGACUGCCUCUGCCAAAUGCUUGACCUUGUGAAACCCGAGGUCGAAGGUAAGGUCACGCUGCGGGACCUCAAGAGGUGCAAGUUGUCCCACAUUUUCUUUGACACCUUCUUCAACAUCGAAAAGUACCUGGAACACGAGCAGAAGGAUCCCUUCUCUGUUAUCAGGGAGGUGGAGACCGACGGCCAGGAGGUCUCCGACUGGGAGAAGUACGCUGCCGAGGAGUACGACUUACUCGUGGCUGAGGAGGCUGCCAAUGAUCAGUGUAAUGAUGUGUAUGAUAAUCCUCUGAGCCCUUUGGGGCAGCACAUCUCCACUGAGCUGGGUCUGACAAAGAGACACUUCUUUGAGAUCCCCAGUCCACACUGCAACCUGGACCUGGAUGAAUACGAAUAUGAAGAUGACUUUGAAUGAUGCUCUAUGCAUUUUCUCAGAAGUACCUUCCACUCCCAGAAACAGAAGUCAGUAGGCCGUGUUAGUGGUUGAAUCGCAUCAAGCCAACAUCCACAGAUUGAGCUUGACUCCCAUCCUGCAAAACAGGACUCACUUCACCAAACAGAGUAAACACAAAGAAGACAGCCAGAGCAUUGGUGGAGGCAGAUUUUCUGCGAAUAGCAGGAGAAUGUUCUCACACAUUUGACAAACAGGAGGAAGUGGUCUUUCAGGACCGAACCAGAUUAACAUUUUCACCUGUCGCACUUAAAGAAUUCACCACAGCUGACUUCACGUGAUCACAAGCAGCAUGUUUUAGACCUUUGCUCCCUCCCCACACGUUAACAAGUUGUUUUCUGCAUGUAAUCUUGUGCAUCAAUAAUGUUUUGGGGCGAGUUUUUGUGUCAUCUGAAUAUCGGUGUUGUGUAAUAACGUCACAUGAGCCAAAUCACAUUCGUCACAGACUUGAGCUCCCCUGAAUUCUUGGACAGAAACCAUGUUGAUUUGCUUCAGUAUCGAACUUAUUAGCUAGUGUUACAUUCCAGUGAUCAGAACGAAGGGUUUUCUUUGAGGCUGUAAAUUCAUUCAUGGUUUGUCAGAAGUUACCUUAAUGCCAAACAAGCCACCGUUGAGCCUUCUGCACACACACAAGCACACAGUUAAGACGGCCGCACACAGCGUAUGUUGUACAGGUCUGUAUCCGUUAUGACUUUAACGUAUGUGUGAGAUGGGUUUAUAAAUUAUUAGAGAUGAAUUUAUAAAUGACUGUAAAUAUUUAUUUUGUGCUUGCUGUGUUGUAAAUGAAUUGGGCAAGUGUUACAGACAUUCUUUUUUCUAUGUUGCAAAGUACUUCAAUGGAAUGUACUUUGGGAGAACAAAAGGAACCAUUUUAAAACGUUUUGCUUUUUUCUUUAAAUUAAUAAUAAAGCCUUGGUUAAUGGAAGAGUAACGGAAGCAGACUGUGCAGUUUAAUGUGGUACAUCUAGUAAACACAAGUUGUGAUAUGUUUACUGCUAUAUGUUGUAAAUUAGAAAUGUGUGUCAGCUGAAAGCCAUAUUACUAGAAUAUUUUCAAAAUGUGAAAAGCACUUUGUUGGUGAUAAAUGCUAUUCUGUCACUUAAGCUGCUGUACACAAACAUACAUAAAUGUGCACAUAUUAAAAAGGUAAAGACAU